AUGAAAAGAGCUUUUUAGUAAUUUGAAAAGUAAGUAAGACAAACAUAUGAAUCAGCUAAGUCAGGAUUGAAUUAUAAAGUAUUGGUAAUGUAAAAUAAAAUGAUAUUGGGAAAUAUUUCAAUUCAUCUUAAUAAACAAAAUUAGAUUCCAAAUAUGUUAUUAGCAGAUUUAUUUCAAAAAAAACAUUUUAAUUUGACUAAAGAAGAUUAAUGUAUGUAUUUUGAAGGAGAUUUUACAUCAUUAAAAUCUGUUGAUUAAGAUCUAUUAUACCAUUCUGAAUCAGGUAAGAGAUUUUAAUUAAAUAGGUUUAUUGGUUUAUGAUACUUAAUAAAAUAGACUCAAAUUGCAUUUAACAAGAGAAAGUUCAUAAUCUCAAGGACUUAUUCUUGGAUAUGUUAUGAAUUAAUAGAGUUUGUAUAUUAUUCAGAAAUUAAGAGAUUCUAAUCCUUAAUGUGAGGUGACAAUUGAAGGUUCAUAUAAUUUUUAUUUAAAAAGAACUUUGAAUUUUUUGAUUGGAAUAUCUCUAUUAUAUUUAUUGGAUGGAAUAAGUUUUAAUCCAAAAAAUGAUCCUACACCUAUUUUUGUUAAGAAUGAGAUAUAAUAUAAGAAAGUUUAAUAAUGA